GUUCAAGCAAUCACUAUGUCAACCAAUACAGAUGUUUCUCUUUCUUCAUCUGAUGAAGAUCAGGGAUCCAAGCUUAUCCAAAAAGCUAAAGAGGCACCAUUUGUCCCCUUUGGGAUGGCAAGUUUUGUAGCCAUUGUUGCAUAUGGGCUCUACAGACUGAAAAGCAGGGGAAAUACAAAAAUGUCCCUUCACCAGAUCCAUGUGCGCAUGGCUGCUCAAGGUUUUGUGGUAGGAGCAAUGAUUGUUGGUAUGGGCUAUUCCUUGUACAGGGAAUUUUGGACGAAACCUAAGCCUUAG